AUGUUAUGUUUUUCUGUUAUUUGCCCUUCUUCAUGCUGUUUAUUAACUUUUAUUUUCUACCAGUCACUUGUUACCUCAGGUUUUGUCUGAAUGGUUGUACUGUAGACCAUAAAUCCCUAAGCAACAAGAUGCUAUUGGAGCAUACACUUGGGCGUCCUUAUAUCACACUUAUGUCAGGAUUCUUUGAGUCGUGCACAUGUGAGUGCCGUAAUGUUGUUAAUUGUUAAGUGUUGGUUGAAUUGGGUGAAAAAGGAGAUGUGGACAAAAUGUUUCUCGGAAUUCCUGAAGUAAUCUGGCUCACCGAAUACCAAACAUGCAUGAUUACCAAGAAAUGUUAUGAACUGAGAGCAGCCUCUCCAUUUCAAGUGGCAAGCAAACAUGCGAGUGAGCGGUGAAGCUGUGGGUGGUGGGGGACACAAAGAGCUCUCACUUUCUUUCUCUGCACCUUGCUCCCACAUCUUGUUUGCUUGUGACGUGUCUCAGAGAGCUUGCUUGCAGGCUGUUAAGGUUUUCAUUUUUGUUAGAGAUGGUUGCAUCGUCAUCGCAAUGGCUCACUCAAUGCCAAGUGUACCCACACCCCCAAAAGCAUUUUGUCAAGUGCUGACAUCACCUUUGCCUCCCGACAUCUGAGCAAGAACAGACAAAGUUCUCUGGUAACUUCUUUUGACUAACUGGUCUUGUAGAUGAUCGUCGUCUUUAGCAGUUCUGAAUUUUCCACAAUCCGUCUCAAGGUCUGUCAGGGCUGGUCUCUUUGAGACAGCAUUCUUUUCCUUUCCACCAUCCGUCUCAAGAUACGUGGCAGACAGUCUUGUUAGAUUAGGGCUGUCUGCUUGAACAUCCUCUUGAACAUACUUUUUCACAUGCGCAGUAUUCCUUUUUAACCAAACAACCUCGGUAGACUUGAUAGUAAAGCUGCUGCCAUUCCUGCCAACAACAUCAUACGGUUCUGGUGCAAAUGGUGUCGACAGCUUGUUUUGCUUCUCUUGUUUUAGCAGCACUCUGUUGCCUGGAACCAGUUCUGAAUACUCUGCAUGCCUCUUCCUGUCUGCAUAUGACUUAGCUUUUACUUUCAUUUCUCCAUCUCUGUCUUGUACUUCACUCACUACACGUUCUUCAUGGAAUUCAGGUAACUUGGUUCGGAUUUUCCUUCCAAACAGAAGUUCAGCUGGACUCACUCCGGUGGUGGUGUGAGGAUUCGAUCUGUAUGCUAUCAAGUAUUUGCGAACUUCUUUCUUCCUCUGUUUCCCCUUGGCUUGUGCAAUCUGCAACCUUUUCAAAAGACUUGGUUUUGCCUUUCCACUGCGCCAUUUUCUUGGGGCCAUAAUGGUAUGGUUUGCCUGUGUUUGAUACCACAGCCUUCCAAAUAUCUUUCAAACGGCCUACGUCACUGGUUACUGAUAGUGGUAAACCAUGAAUCAUGAAGAUUCUCUCCAGACUCUUAAUGAUCUCCGCAGAUGUUGUGGAACGCAUGAUCUCAAUUUCAUAAUAUCUGAUGAAGUAGUUAACCACGACUAACACAUAGUCACCAGACAGUAAAGGACCCAAUAAAUCCAGAGCCAAGUCUUGCCAUGGACUGUGUGUUGAGGGGGUUGACUUGAUUGGCUCACGGUGGGCGGGACUGCUUACUAGCUGGCAUCCUAAAAUGAUUUUGCAAAAUCCUUCUGUCUCUUUGUCAAUCCUGGGCCACCAUACUUUUGAUCAAAACCUCUGCUUCAUACUAACAAUACCGGGAUGCCCUUCAUGUGCCAGCGUAAAGACUCAUGGUCUCAACUUGCUAGGCAUUACAAUUCUGGUGCCAUGGAGGUUUAGCUUGCCAAUCAAACGCAGUUCAUUGGCUACAGAUUAUGUACAGCUUGAGCUGACCAUCCCUCCAGGUUCUGCUCUUUAUACAGUUAUGCAGCUCACUGAAUUCUUGUAUCUUCUGCUGACACUUCUUCAAUCUCGCAUGUCAUCAUCACAUGGAGUAACGGUUAUUGCCACAAAUCUGACAAAUUUAUCUGAUGCUUUGUGCACUGCCAAAGGACCUGCUUGGUUUUCUGCAUGCAGUAAGCUUGAUAAGGAACCUACAAUGUUCUGCUUCCCUGGCAAGUAUUUAACUUUGAACCUGUAAGGUUGUAGCCUCAGGAUCCAUUGCUAAAUUCUUAUGCAUGGCUUUGAUCUGUUUGAGUAUAUAGUCUCGAAUGGCUUUUGAUCUGUGUAUAGUUCGAAUUCAGUGCUGUACACAGUACAGGUACACAUAGAAACAAUUGCACACCCAAACAACUGCCAACGCUUCUUUCUCAGUUUGAGAAUUCCCUUUUUCGACUUCACUCUAAUUUUUGCUCGCAUAACUGAUAACUCUCUUACUUCCUUGUUGUUCUUGAGUAAGUACUGCGCCAAGACCAACUGGGCACGCAUAAGAUCUGCUAUUAUUAGUGUUCAGGCAUCUUUGUCGAAAUAUCCAAGGGUUUCUGCACUUGGUAAUCUGCUCUUCAGCUCAUUGAAUGCUCUUCUCUGCUCAUCUCCAAACCUGAAACACACCCCUUUCUUUGAUAAGUUACAAAAAGGUUCAGCUACUGUGGCAGUCUGGGAUAAAUUGUACAUUGUAGUUAUCUAGUCCUAGGAAGCUUCUAACUUCCAAGGCAUUCUGCAGCUCUCUUGCCUUUGGUUAACAACAGCUUUCCCUUUCUCUUCAGUUGGUUCAAUAUACCCUUGUUUGUUAGCAUCAGUCCCGUAAACACCAGUUUGGCACUUUUCUGCAUUAAGUCUCAGGUUUUUAUUUUAAUUUUUCCAAAACUCGCUUUGAACUCUCAUCAUGCUCCUCAGUGGUUUUCCCAUGCACAAUUAUGCCAUUGGAGAUGUUUGCAACUCCCUCACCGUCACUAAGUGCUUGCUGAAUAACAUGCAUGCUGAUACACUUCUGGGGCUGAACUUGUUGAAAGUACAGAUGCUUAUAUCGUAACAAUCCACACUGAAUGAUGAAGGUAGUAAUGCUAUAGGAAUCUGGAUGGAGUUCUAGCUGAUGGUAACCCGACUUUAAAUCAAGCUUGCUAAACACUAUGCUUUGGUUUAGGCUUUGGAAUACUUCAUCCAUGGUAGCUAUGGGUUAGCAUUCUCUGAUUAUUGUUACAUUGGCUCUACGCAUGUCCACACAGAGCUGAAUUUCAUCAUUCUAUUUUGGCACCACCACCACUGGACUAACCCAUGGUGUCAGGCCCUUUAUUGGCUCAUUUGAAUAAUAUCCAAACAACUUCCUCGACCUUUUUCUUCGCCUUGUCACAGAGGCUGAACAGAGUGUGCCUGAUUGGCUGAGCUACCGGGGGUACAUUGGGAUUAACAUGUAUCUUGACCUGAUAUUCUUUUGGCUUGCCCACACCAUCAAACACUUUUUUGUUAUCUGACAUGAUCUCCUCUUUGGACUGCAGCACAUAAACUUGAACAUCUAACUUCAACACUCCUAGUUGCAGGACAGUUUCUCUUCCAGGCAGUGCUUUUCCUUCACCAUCAAUGACAACAAAUUCAGCUUGAACUUCAUUCUCAGCUACUUUUGUCAAUGCUGAAAAUGUCCUCAACUUUUAUUUAAUGGCUCCUUGUUUCCAUAUGCGUAAAGCCUCUUGUCACACUUCUUGGAUACACAGUCUAUCUUUGGCCGCUUUAGCUCACUCCAUAGGCCUUUGUGUACAACAUUAGUUCUCGCCCCUGAAUCAGUCGCCCUUUUCAUAACACAUCCACCCACAAUCACCUCCACUUUUUUAGGCUGUGUCACUGAUUUUACAGUGAACACAUACUCAUCUUCCUCGUCAUCGUCUCCUCCCUUUAUGUAUCUCAUCUUCAUCUUCUCUUUUAGCUUCUUAUUGGUUCUUGGAUUGCCUGUCUUGGUUCUGCAUUGCAAAGAAAAAUAAUCAGCGGCAGCCCAUGUCUUGCAGGUUUUUCCUUUCACCAACACAGCUGUUGACGGCUACAACCACGCUUUGUUUUGGAAUCUAUCAGUGUCGUGUUGAUGUCUUGCAAAUAUAAUUUUCAUGUAGACUAGUACGAUCAGCCCUGCAGAAUUCAAUGUGUCUAUAAAUUGUUGCUGUUUUCACACUGUUUUAUGAUGAAUUUAAAGUUACAAAAUGCUACACAAAGUCGUUUUGUCUUUGUUGAGUUUACUUGCAUGUUUAGUUUACCCCAACAUCAGACAAAAACAUUUAGCCAAUUUCAUGCUCCUUACCCAUGACUUACACAACUUUAAUCAGUACAUGAGACUACUAUGAUCUUUUUGAAGCCUGAUGUGAAAAAAGAGUAGAGGACUCUUUUUUCGAUGUUUAUAUUGUUACUCUCUACCAGUAACCUCAUGAGUCUUGAGAUCUCGUCUUGACCGUGUUUAACAGUUUAAGAAAUUAUGGCGAAGCAUUUUCACCAUUUUAAAACAACAUCUGGAAUACUCUUCAGUUUGGAAGAAGAUUGUUUUUUACCCAGAAACAGAGCGAUUUCUUCCUAUAAUUGGAGAUAUAUCUCGCCAAAAGUGAUUGGAAUUGACGGCUCUUGCUUAACACGGGAGUUGGGGCAAUUUGUCUGCUUUUGCUCAGAUGUCGAAAGCUAUAGGAGAUGUCAGCACUUCACAAUGCUAUUAGGGGGUACGGGUACACUUGGAAUUGAGUGAGCUAUUAUGAUGACGAUGCAACCAUCUCUCACAAAUUGAAAGCCGUAACAGCCUGUGAGCAAUCUCUCCCAGAGAAGUCACGUGCGAGUGGCAAGCGAAACGAGACAUGAGGGGAAGGUGCAGGAAAAAGAGUGAGAGCUCCCCAUUUCCUCGACCCCUCAUGGCUUAGCUGAUCACUCUCUUGUUCGCUUGUUACUCGAAAUGGAGAGAUUGCUCUCAGUCCAUAACAAUUAUAGGUAAUAGUGUGUGUUUGGUAUUUGGUGAGCCAGUUUACAUUAUUAAUUCCAAGGAAAAACUCAUCCACAUUCCCUUUUUCACCCAUUUCAACCAAUACUUAACAAUUAACAGCAUUGCGGCACUCAUGCGUGCUUGACUCAAAAAAUCCUGCCAUCUGCGUGAUAUAUCGAUGCCCAAGUGUAUGCUCCGAUAGUGUCUUGUUAAGUCUAGAGAGGGAACACUCCAGAUCUAAUCUGCCAUGCUUUUAAUAAUUAAUCCCAUCAACCUUUGUACCCCAGAUGUUUCAUGUAUGCUAUACUGAAAGUACACUUCAAGUUCGGUCUGAAAUCGGGUAUGGUUUUCGAGGAACUAUGGGUAGAGUUUGAACAUAUCCGUUGUUUCAAUUCCAAAUGAAUAAGAAAGAAAGAUAAUAAUAUGCGAAUUCGAAAUGGAUUAAAGGGUUUAGUUUUUCGUUUGUCUUACGUUUGUCACUUUAUUGAUCACGGAAUUUCAACCGCACACUGCAAUUCUCCACCAAGCGAUACUGUCGAUUUACUGAGCCGGACUAUGUUUACCACCGUGUUUGUUAGUGAUUGGUGUAUCACGAUCCUCGCUCAUAGUUGGUGGGUUUCGAUAUUAUCAGAGGAGGAAACUGAUACCUCAGCGGUCCGUUGUGCUAGUGAUCGGCCAUUUGCCAAGUAAAUUGGCAUUUUUCCGUCAAACCAUGGAAGCUGGGCCAGCAGUGAUGGAGGUACUGGAGUUGCCCCAAGGGCAGCCUGUGAAAAUCAUAAUGGGAUAACGAGUCAGCAAUGAUAUUGUCCCUCCCGGCUGUUUGACAGGCAGUAAAAACAAAGGACUGACAAGCAGCUAUAAGCAACAGGUGACAAAGAAGAACCAUCAUGUUAGGAUCCCUGGACGUCCCCGAGCGCAAGACACUGACCACAGCCAUAUUGUGGGAACGAAAUUCAAUGCGUUUUUAGACCCAGACAUGGCCCCACAAGUAAGCUGCCACUACCACCGGGAAUAAUUCCUUGUAUGCAAUGAAUAAAGGUUGUUGAGCAUAGGACCAUUCGCCAACAAACCACUUCAUUAAAAAUGGCCCCAUAACCCCCUGCACCAACAGCAACUGAAGAGAAGUGAAAGUCAGGUAGAGGUGCCCGCUGUGAUGAAAGUAGGAAACUGAAACUGUUCCAGUAAUGGAAAACUUCUCUCCACCAGGUAAGGUUGAAACGAAAGUCGUUGUUCAGCCUCAUCGAGUGGUCAUCCCGUCAAAAGGCGGACAACAAAUAAAUCAUUUGACGCAGAAAAGUCCGUCCUGGGGGAAUCACUUUACAAGCAUGUUGUCAUAUAUGCCCAAUUAAAGAUUCCAGUUCCUUCCUUGUACAGUGCUGUUUGGAAGAUCAGGUGUCCAAAAGAGCAGCAAUAUGGUUAAACUUCUCCUGAGAGAGGCGAGCCCGAAAAGUCAGCGAGUCCAACUCAAUGCCUAGGACAGUCAGACACAUGGAAGGGCCCUUAAGCUUAUCAGCGUGGAGGGGAAUACCACUCUCUGAAAAGUGAAGAACACAGAUAUCCAGGUUUCGUUGGCAAACAGGAGAGUCCGGAGGGCUCAAGGUAUGGAAGUCAUCCAAGUAAUGUAAUAGAAAUUGUACUUGAUAAUUGUGUUUUAGAAUCCACUCAGGCUGGUCAGCAAAGGAAGAGAACAUGAAAGGAGCCGAGCGUAAACCAAAGGGUAGGGCCAAAUCAAUGAAGUAUUUCCCCUGCGAUUUUAUGCCUAACAGGUAACAGUCAUGAGAAUACACAGGAAUGAUGCGAUAUGCACUUUCUACAUCAAAUUUAGCCAAAAGAGUUCCUCGACCAUGGAUCAUGAUGCCAUCAAUGAUAUUGUCAACCUUCAUUUGCUGAACUGAAAUGGGUCUUUUGUAAUCCUGUCAUUAACACUGUGACCUUGGGGACUAGACGAGUCCAAAAUAGGCCGCCAUUUGCCGGGCUAGUAUUUCUUCAGAGUCAUUCCAAAGAGACUGAUGUGAAGGUGUAAUAAAGGAGAGGUUGAGAAGGGGACAGCAACACGACCUUUCUCAAGUUCUGUGAUGAGAGAGUGGUCAAUUACCGAAGGCUGAAAACACACCGUAGGCAUCUUUUGACUUGCCUAUUUUAAGGAAACAGACUCUGGGCUGAAACCAAGACGAAAACCAAAGCUAAGAGCAGAAAUUACAUAGUCCACCAAUGCUUGAUUGGGGUGAAGGCAUAACUCAUGCUGAAGUUUGCAGACGUUUAUUGGGGUAACCCUGGAUGGAGGGACCAGUUCUUGACGCACAGAUCGUGGGAAGGAGGACAACUUGAAGCCAGGAGGAUGGGCUGACAUUAACUGGCAUUUGGCAGGUAAUUCUGCAAUCGAAAGGGCAGCAUUCACCGAAGUCGGUAACAAAUCAUUUGAGGCCUGAACUGAAUGUGACAUAUUUACACUAUGUACAGACGUGAACUGGCACGUGGCACGUAAAUCAGUAACAGAAAGAGAUGCGUUAUCGGAAAUGGUGAACAAACUGUCUUCAGAUUGAACAGAACAUAACCUAUUUACACUAAGUACAAGGUCCUUUUCACAAGUACCACUAUGAGGGUUGGCCACCAUGGUUGGCCACCAUGUUAAUGCUGCUGGUGCUUACUCUGAGUUGGAGAUGCCGAGCGGGGAUGCUGGAUAUGUGACCUGAACACCUGAAAAGGACCUCACACAGUUGACGCGGGGGUGGUCGCCUUCACACUUCUCACAGCAGUGAUGGUAGUGGCAUUGACCAAAGGGCCAUUGGCAGGAACCAUCAUUUCAUGCACGGCAGAAAUUGGACGGCAGGACAGAGGAACCACGAGGCCUGUGGCGAGCCAUUUUAGGAUGAGCCUGACUGAAAUGGUGAAGUGCGAGUAAGAAAAUUGUAAAGAUCCAGAUACAUGCGGGACCAAUCUGUCAGACAAGAUGCUGCUGCAUCCCUAUGAAAGGCAACGUCAUAGUGGAGCCAGGCUUUCCCAGGGAAUUGGCGGUAAGUCUUGAUAAUUGGCAGCUUGCAUUGGGUGAGAUUGUGCCACCUGGAAGGGUGUCCACUGCAGAAGAUCCAAGAGAAUGAUGGUGAAAGUAAUGAUGUUUGUAAUCUCCUGGACCCUCUUCUUAGAAGAUGAGACCAGAAGUUUGCCAUCCAAAUAAGUGUGGGGCUCUGACUUCUGAGCGUUAAGAUUUUCUGCCAACUAGUCAGCCAGAUCAACAAACUGGCCAGUUCAGAUCUUCGUCACCAACGGGAUAGGUGAGUAUCCAGGACCCACAACAAAUGGCCUAUUUAGUGAUGGUACCGCACAAAUAGUGGAAGUAGCUGGGAUGGAAGACCCUAAAAGUGGCAAAGAUGAGCCAUGCCUGCCGGAAAUAGCCAGUGGUCCACUCGUGGCACCGCCAGCACCACACGAAGAUGGUGCCCCCACUAUAGAAGAGUUGCAUAAAGACAAAUUUCCUAGGUUACAAUAUGUAGAAACACAGAAGGUAUGCUGAGAAUGUUACCUUAUGAAUGGCGGGCAGAGGAGGACGAUCGAGAAAAAGUUGAAGUGGUAUUAGAAGACGUUGACAACGGUGUAACAUUUCCCGCCAAUGGAGAUGUCGCCGUAGCUAAUGCCGUCAUUGUGGAAUGGUUCUGCAUCACCAAGAGAAUUCUCGAUAAAGACUUGCCCAACACUUGAGAAAAAGUAGUGGCCAGAUCCUGCUGGGACCGGAUAAAGGAAGACGACGAUGUCGCUGUAGCAGAACGAGGCGAAGACACUUGUGUUGGAAGGCGAUGAAACCAAAGAAUUCCCAUGUGAUUCCAACAUUGCGGCUACGCUGUUGUUCGUGGAGCCGGUCGUUCUCCAUUCAGCCAUGGAAACUACUCAAAAAACCGCUAAGAAACCACUUAUAAACUGAGUCACAAUGUUGUGAUACACGCAUACUGAAUAAAGCACACUAAAAGUUGUUGAACACACCAAAAUGGCGAAUGCUAAAUGCACUAGACCACGCUAAUGUGCACACAGGUCCUAGAGCAUGAUGGAUCUUGGUUCAUGCGCAUCUUGCACGUACUGCUGGCCAUGCAGCAAGGUAAAACAAGUGCUCCUUGUUGUUAACUCUGUUAAAUUGCAUGUAAAAUAAAUAAUUAACAACAAUGAAAAGGAAACAUAAAAUGUUCCGGCCUUUUCCUUUGAAGUAGCUGUAAACGGUAAAUGUUCUCAAAGACGGAUGGCUGCUUCGGGCAUGAUGCACAACACCUUGAUAUUCUAACGAUCAUCUUUCUAAUCAAAACCUUUCAGAAACAACUCAAAGUCUGGCAAGAUUCUUCAAAAACAAUAUUUUUCCUUUAUUCUCUUAAAGCUUUGCCUGACAAAAUGAGAAGAAAAUAUAGAAAACUCAAAAGAUUGUCCAUCCUCGCCAAGCUUUCCACUUCGAACAACAUGGAAAAACGAGACUGCAAUAUCCUAAGUUUUGGCUAUGUGGAGGUCAGCGGCUAAAGUUGCAUCAUGACAUGGAUUGUUGCCCACUUCAUUUUGGCCUUCGGAAUGACCCGAUGGUAAAUUUGAACUUGAUGCAAACGAAAAUAAGACGUCAAAGCCUUUCCUUGAUACUUUCAGGAGACCACAAAUGAUAGAUCUUUGACUAUUUUUGCUUUGAAGAAAGUAAACUGUUGUGACCAUCGUUAAACUAAUAAAACCAGAGGUCAAGAUAGCGGUAAACAAAGCAAUUUUCACGACUUGCUCCUUUUAAAUCAUUUUAUCGUUCCAAUCAUUUUCAAUUGAACCAAACGAUUAUUUUUGUCUCUUUUCUUUUAUUUCCCCCGCAAAACCCACAGGGCACGGUAUUAUAGCCUAAUUUUCGCACGAUCAACCACAUUUGAUCUCGGUGGCACAAUUAGCAAAUCUGUCAACUUAGCAUCUGAUCUGAUGGGUUCGGUUCAAAUCCUAUUUAUUCCUCGAGUGAAACGAAAGAACUCGACAUGGUCUCAAGAUAUCUGGAAGUUAUUCCGGUCUCACUCCUUGAAAUAGCCGAAACAAGCCUAAAAGUCACGAACUUGCAUGCCCAAUCUUUUGCUGAAACUAGUGCAUAAUUUUAUGGCUAUUUUUCACAUUCCAAACUACCAUAAGUCAUAGCUAGUGGCGCAAUCAGCUAAUCCCUCAAUGUAUGAGUCUACUCUGAUCUGACGGGUCACACAGGUGAGUCGGUUCAAACCCGAGGCAAGCCAAAAUAAUAAUUAUUUCUCCCUCAAAUAAGACAAAGCAUAAAUAACAGAACUCAAAGUGAUAUCAAGAUAUCUCGAACUCAUACUGAUCUCGCUUCGUCACACAGCAAGCUCAAACUGAAAACCUACGGACUUUGCGUGCCCAAUCUUGUCUCAAAAAAAGCAACUUUGGGAUAUUCCUGAGUGUGGAGAAUCCUUUACUUGACCUUCCACCCAAGUAAUAAAAGCAGCUUUUUGGGACAAAACCUCAGCCUUUUUUUUCUCCUGAGCUCUACUGGCUUGGUUUUAAUUUCUUAUUUUAGCCAAUGUGAGACAUGAUCAGGUGCUGACAUCUAAGCUGAACAAUAACGCCUAAAGGCUCACUUAGAAGUAAGGAUUCUGCUGCAAGAACAUUUUGAAAGAAAUCUCUAGAUGUUCAUAGAAUUUUUUCAAAAAAAUUCCACAUCAAUCCUCCUUUAGAGAGCAAAUAAUAUUAAUGUUACACUUUCCUCAGGGACAUUGAAAUAUAGCACUUCUCAGGUAAAAAGCCCACCAUUUCAUUGUUAAAGACUGUGACAGUUUACAAAUGUGUCAAAAUAGUUCUCCAACUGUAUUUCGUACGUGAUGCCUGGCUUCCAAAUUAAUUCAUUUUUUCACAAAUGGCCAGAUAUCCAUGAAUAGCUUAAAAAGUCCCAAAAACCUCCUUUUGGUUUGCCUGAGUUUGGACACAGUAAGUUUUGUGGUGUCCGUUCUUUGAACAACUGGUUUCCUUCUUUUGUUUCUCAGGAGGAUGGGAAGCUUGAGAACAGUAUCUAUGGUAGGAAACUCAGUGUUAACAUUUGAUUUUGUAAAAUUAAUUUGUAUUAAUAGGCUCCUUUAAAGUUAUUAGCAUUUCAUUUCAUGGCAGUGAGGCCCAGAGGCCACAAAAGUAAAAAAAAAAGAAACAGACAUGUAUUUUUCAUACCAUUGUGUUCAUUGUUUUUGUCACCUUGACCAUCAACUUGAAUUUUUAGUGUAGUGAGGAGCCUACUAGUGUUUUCUUUCGAGUUUGUUCUCACAUUAUUUUUGUGUGACGAAUGUAUAUGAAAUAAAUCGUAUAAAAUUAUUAGAACUACGGAAAUGGAAUCAAAUGAAGAAUGAUCCUUGCAGUUGUGAACGCAAUUUAUGAACACAUAACUGACCAGCUCAUAACAUCAGUGGCUUCAUAGCUUAGUUGGUUGGAGCGAUGCACCGGUAUCGCGAGGUCAAGGGUUCAAAUCCCAUCAAAGUUCUGAGUUUUUUUUUUUCGUUCAUAACUGCGAGGAUCAUUCUUCAUUUGAUUAUUUUUGUUAUGUCAAAUUUGAUGAAAAGAAGCUACCCACCGUAUUAUAAUCUAUAGUCAAACCUCUGUUGACAGAUGCCUCUUGUUAGCUCACACCUCCCAUAUUCCUACGACUUUAUUUUUUUGUGAAAUGUUGAAACAUUCCUUCACUUUGUUUCAACUAAAGUUUGCCACAUUUUCUUUGAUUAUGUCAAAUGUCUUACUAUCUAACUUUGUAAGGCUUUUUUCAUCAUCAUGUUUUGUAUCAGGAUAGGUCAAUAAAAUCCGGGAAUAAUAAUACGGGAAUGAGGUAAAAAUUUGUUCAGAAUGACUGGGUUAAAAGACCCUGUUGCGGAUGCUUAUUAAAAGCACAGAUCUUUUCUAUUCUUGAACGUAUUUUUCUUAAUUUUAACCAUUAUAAGACAUAGAUGUAAUUGACCAUUGAAAAACAUACACGUAAAUAUUCUUUGUCCUUAAUAAAUCUAGGCUGCAAACUUAAUUGGAAAUGGAAACACGGACAAGAAACUUGCCAAGGUAUUUCUAUUUUAUUUUAUUAAUAACAGAACUAUUGCUUUGUUUAUUACAUACAUGUGUAGCUCUUAUAAACAGCCAGAAAGUGCUGCAAAGAAAGCUUAGUUUCCUUCGGCUGUGUGUUUACAAUCAUGGAUUGGGGAUCGCGAAAAAAAAAUUAUUUAUAGGGAACAACUCUUCUAGAAAUGUGUGGAUCAUGGUGAUACAUGUAGACCUCAGGCUUUACACCAGUUUCGCUACUUGUCAGAUCCUCCAUGUUCGAGUUAAGGGCAUAAAGGGCACAUAAAGGGCUUGCUGCCUUGAAAACUUGUCCCUGGAAAAACAUACAAGAAGAUUUUUUUCUGGGUUGAUUAACAUAUUGCAUGUACAUUGUGCUGUUUGAUGGUUUAAAACAGAAACUAAUGUGUCGCAAAUGGUCUAGAGAACUAGGAGGUAAUGAAUUCGUCAAAUAGCAAAAUCAGUUGCUACCUUCCUCAGUUCUAUCACGAGGGUGGUCUCCAUCCAAUUUGCAACUGUUUUUCAGAUCGCUGGACCUUUUCAAUGAUAUGAUAAUAGGAAACUUUAUCUCAGAUGUUUACUGCCCUUCGUGGAAGUUCCAGGGGCGGAUCUAGGGGAGGUGCACGGGUGCGCACCCCCCCCCCGAUGACCUUAAACAACUGGUUAAGUUUUAUCUGAGAAAAAAGCGCCAAAAAAAAAUCCUUCCGUUUCAUCUGGAUCCCUCCCUACUUGUGUACCAGGAUUUGAGUACACGCCAUGAUUGGCCUGUUAAAAAGCCAUCGCUGAUUUACCAAUAAUGUUGAAGGGAAAUUUGAAAUGCACUUCCAGUAAUUUGUGAAGUCCAUUGGGAGCCCAGAACAAGAAUCAAACCACCCUUGUGCAUACUUGAAAAGUUUAUGUAUAGAAUUAUGUAUAAAUGAUGUAUGUUUGAUUUAUUGACAUUUACAUCAGCCUUAUUAAGUUCUCUUGUUAUUUUACACUACAUGUAGAUGUCUGAGUUACAUAGCCAUUGAUUAAAUAACAAACUUUCAUAUAUUUUUUUUUCCUUAGGCUUCAUUUGCUAAACUACAAAACCUUCUGAAAUUACCCAAGGCAGCCAGAUGGUGCUACUUUGAAUGGUUUUACUCUAGUUUAGACAGGUACAGUUUGUAGCAAGGAGUCACAGCUUGCAGUGUCAAUUUGAUUGUCAUGUUACCAGUCACACAUUGAAUCCCAGUAGUGCUUUAUUCAAGCCUCUCUUUGAACACAAUCGCAAGCUAGGAUUUGCUAUGUGGUCUGGAGAUAAAUUGAUAUUAACACCAGACUUAAAGUUCUUGCCUAAUUCCUGAAAGGCUGAUUAGUGAUAAUCUGACUAUGGUUUUACCUUCCUAUAUAGCACAUAGAUUGUUAACAGUAUCGGUAUUUGUGUCAUCAUAGCUGGCAACCGUCCUUUUCUAGACAAGAACUUGGCUAAUUGUGCUGCUAAAUAUAACUCCCUUUAAUGGUCGUUUCUUUCCUUGUCUUUUCUGUUUUUUUUGUUUUGUUUUUGUUUUUUGUUUUUUUUUUCAUUUAGGGUCUUAUUUGAAGGCAUUAAUGACUUUCAUGUUUGUUUGAAGGAGUCAUUUCCAAACUUAAAGGUUGGCGUUUUUUUUCAAUUUGUUUCAUGGUUAACUUAGUUCUCUUUGUGUAAUCAGUCAGUCGAUGUUCGGUUCAUAACUUAAGCUUAAAAAGAGAUAAUUUACUCUCCUUCAAUUACUCUACUGUAAGUUAUGUCGAUCCUUUCGUUUCCAUUAAAAAAAACAACAACAAAAAGUAGUCUGACUGUACUUUUUCGUCUUGGAGACGAAAAGAGAGAUGAACCAACAACCUGAGGUCUUAAAAAAGAAAGAACAAAGAAAAAAAAGGUCACGAAUAUGGGGCAUCUGUGGUCAAAUCUCUUCCCUAACGGACAUAUUCUCAAAACGAAAAUUGGUCCCUGAUGUUCUUCAGAAAUCUGCCAUGACUUUCUGUAAGCAGGACUCCUCUCUUAGACGAAAACCUAGUGCAAUUAACGAAAUGGUGUCCUUCUUAUAGAGAAUUUAUUUUGUUACUAGUUUAUUCAUUGUUGUUUUUCCUAAUUUGGCUUUAUAGUAAAUUAUUUGCUGGAGUCGCUUCUCUCCAUCUGAAAUGUAGUCUUGCGAGAAUUCUCGCGGGUUAUUUCUGGGUUUUUAAGAGCAAGGCUGUGAUUGGCUUAUAAUAUCCUACGUCGCAGAAAUCGUUUUGCGCUUCGGGCUCGGGUAGGGAGAAGCGACCACCGAAGUAUGUCUACGUUGGAAGGCUAACUGUAUCAGUGUUUGUCCAUAACGUGAGAUUGUACAGGGAUAUCUUUUCUUGAAAUAGUAAUACAUGUUUGUGAGUUGCACAAUAAUGUGACUUUAUUCCUAUUGUUUUCGUUUAUACCAAGACUCACAAACUACGGAGAGCAGAAUGGAGAGAGAUUAGACGUCUAAUGGGAAAACCACGAAGGUCAGUUUUAGAUAUGUAACAUUUAAAGCACUAGUAGAAGUGUUUUAUGAGUUUUGAAAAACCAGGCGUACAUAAUUGUUUUUAAUACCGACAAAUUGCGAGUUUAUUUAACAGCUUAAAAAUCGUGUCUCUAGAUAUGUUCCUUCUUCUUAAAAGCUUUGAGUUUUUUGAUGAUUUUUCUCGGGAAAACCGGAGCUAAAACCUUAGCAGUGUUUUAUCAAAUUUAAAACACUCAUUUUCCGCUUGAAUUGGUCAUGGGUAAUGAACGAUAUGUUUUCCAAAACAAUGCGGGUUAUAUUGACUAUCCAUAAUUCAUAACAAGAGUGGAAAUCCCAAGUCCGCAAUGUAUUUCCCCGCUUUUUUUAAUUUACCAACUUUUAAUAUCUAUUUAACUUUAUUUGAGACUUUGUUUCAUAUACACCUUACACCUUUAUGUGGUUGCGUCGAGAAACACCUUUCUCCGGCAACCGUUGCACACUGUAAGAAAAUACAGUCGAAGCUCUCGUAAGCGACCACUUCGGAAAUUCGAAAAAGUGAUCGUAACUAGAACUGCUCGCCUUCGAGAAUGAGCUCUCGUAAGCCACCGCAUGGUAAAUCAGUAGAGGGUGGUCGCUUGCUAGAGCUUCAGAAACUCAUUAAUAAUUCGUAAAGAAAACAAAAAGGAAAUUAUUGUUUAACGAGUGUCUUUAUAUAGGAUAUAGACACGGCUAAACUUGACGUCCAAUUUUUUAGACGAUUAGCGCAGUGUGCAGUUUCAUUAGUGUUGAUUUAUAUGAAUAAGACUGUGAAUGGUCGCAUACAAGAGCUUAAAAACAAAGGAAUAGUCCAGUUGGGUAAUUCCAAAAAGGGUCGCGGUCGCUUACGGGAACGAUCGCAAGAAGAGCGUCGACUGUAAUGGUCAGUUAAGUUCACAAAAAGAAGACUUGCCUUCAGCUUCUAAGCGCGCAAUCCCGGAACGGUCUGUUCGGGUGUAUUGGACAUGUGUGAUGAUAAAAUCAAGAAUUUGGCGAUAAAUGUACCACUUCGCAAAACUAAGUUCACCACGCUACUUACAACGAAACAGCGAAGUGGUCCUUAUCAAGUUUUGAUCAUUAAUAUUAACUUUCUACUCUGUGUGUUGGUAUGAUAUAAUCAAGAAUUUCAUGAAGAAUACAGUCAGACAUAAUCGUGCUGUAUUAAAGAGGCUUUUUUUAGGAGUUUGGAAACUUCUUUUGUAAAAGCACUAUACCAAAUUUCAGUGUCAUUUUAUAUGACGCAUUACUUGAUAGGUGCCUCACGUGCGUUGGCAAUCGGUGGUUCUUUGGCGUGUUUCACAAAGGCUGCGAAUACAGCUCUCUUUCCUUGCUCCUCACCGCUGAGGAUGUUUGGCGGGAGAUACGUCUGCGUUUGACCCCCAAAAUUCGAGACUGAUGACGUAGAUAUGUCCGGAAUCUGGUCAACGGGCACUGAUUCGUCGACGUUCAUAUGUAGUAAUUCUAUUUUUUUAAAGAAAGUGUAGAGAAAUAUCAGUGGGGUGUUUUUUCUUUUUAAUAGUGGUCUCCAUUUUUGGCUUGUAGGUGUUCCCCUGCAUUUUUCUUAGAAGAGCGCCAAGCUCUGGAGGAGAAACGACGGAAGAUCCGCAUGCUCCAACAGAGGAAGGUUAGCGCCUUUUAUUAUCAACAAUGCUGUAAAUUUAUUCCUUAUUAUUAAUUCAUUAUAUCACCCAGACUUCGUCAACCUCGAAAUGGCCAUUGGAAAGAUCGCAUUGCAGUUUCACGUAACCUUUUAAGUGAGUAUCUAGAAAAAACCGGGUUGGGUUUACUUUCCAUCGUUUGUGAUUUUUUUGGCCCGUUUUCGAUUGGGUGAUUUUGCGUUCUGUUUUGGCUGCGGUUUUUAUUCGAUUUGGUUGCGAUUUUCUGAGUUUAUGGCGAAUUGUUGUCGAUUUUGGUGCGAUUUUCGAGUCGUCAUGCAGCGGUUAAAGUUGGGAGUAAACAUUUAUCCACUAAGAGACUCAAGGUUGAUUUUUGGCUUCUCUCGAAGAGAUAUUUGCCGAUAAAAAGCAUCAAAAUGAAAUUCAAGCAAUGUCGAAACAACGGCAGUUUCGCAGGGACAAAUCGUCUUGCAAUCGCAGGAAAAAUCGCACGUAAAAUCUCCCGUGUAUAAUGGUCUUUACAGAUAACGUCUUGGGAGGUCUGUUUUAAGGCUGAUUUAGACGGUACGAUUAUUGCUUACGACUAUCGUGCGCGACUAGCAUGCGUCAUGACUUCACGACAGAUCGUGUCGUUUAAAUUAGACCCAUGACAUUCGUACGACACAUGUGGAUGUCGUAAGUGAAAAUUGUGCGCGUGUGGAUGGUCGAAAGUCAUGACGUAUACUAGUCGCGCACGAUAGUCGUGAGUAAAACUCGUACCGUCUAAAUCGGCCUUUUAGGGCACCCUCCUCUAGAAUGAAAUACUGCAUGUUUUAAUCCCGCCCUACUGUUGUUUACAUUUCAACAGGUCAGUGAACUUAGCAGGUUCAAGGAUUUGCCAGACGAGGUCCCACUACCCUUGGUGAUUGGAACAAAAGUGACAGGUUGUUUGAUUUCCAUUCUCUUUAUUUUUCUUCGCUGUUGUAGUUCUUUAAAAAGACUUUUGUGAGGCUACAAUAACAGGGUAUUCGGAUAGGCCCUUUGUAACUCUGGGUCACGUGGUUAAUUAUCUCUAGCAGGAAUAGAAAGAGCACAAGAAAAUUAGCUAACGUGUAAAUUUUCAGGCCUACAAAGUUAACGGGGAGACACGUUUAACACGCUGUCGCCCUACUACUUCUUUUCUUUGAUUCAGCUCGUCUUCGAGAACCUCAAGAUGGUCUUUUCACUGGGCAGAUUGAUGCUGUUGAUACUGCCAACUACUCGUACAGAGUCACUUUUGACCGACCAGGUUUGUGAAUAGGGAUUUUAAAAUGCCACGACGGCGACGACAACGAGAACGUCGAAAAAAGUAAUAGGUUGAAUAGGCAAAACGACAACUCUGCACGUGCAGCACGCUUUUUUGUACAUUUCUUUGUCGUCACUGCACGACUACAACGUGAAAAUGCCUAAUUUCACGUUUUCUGGAGGACGUAAACGAGCGACGACGAAAGUUUUCUUUCUCUCUCUGAACUUGGAUAUGGUUGUUAGGAAUGCGGCUCCAGACAAAGUAAGUGAGUUGAAAUAAUCGGGAUAGAAAUUGGAAGAACGCAAAUUCACUUUUUAGCUCACGUUUUCGUGGCCGUCGCCGUCGUGGUAUCUUAAACCCUCUAAUUACGCGGUGUGAUCUAAUCUGUUCGCCACUUUAGAAACCGGAGAAGGAAACUGGGAGGAGUUGACUUUCUCAAAGAUUUCUGGGUCUGUUACCAGUGACAAGGGGGAAAAAUUGGCCAAUAGCUGACCGGCACGUCCGCAGUAACGAUCCCAUUAAUAACUGCGGGAGACAUUUCGGCACCAUUCCCUUUAUCGGCUCCUAAGGGGCGAAUCACCAUUUUGAGAUGGCGCGUGAGUCUGGGUCGGUGCUGUCUCGAAUUGCACUAAUUGUGUCUGGUUUAUAGACACCAGUGCGUCUUCCAUCGACCUCUUGCGAAGUUGCUCAGAAAAGUGAGUCAAAAUUCGCUUGCCAAAUCAGAUAGGUAGUGCAAUUUGACGCAGCAAUAACGAAGCCUCAAGGGCAACUUAAAAAUUGCCAGUGAUAUUUAUUAUGUUGAUAGUCUCCUACACAGCCGUUUUUUUCUUGUCUCGCCAUAGAGGAGCGUUGCGUGACGAGACAAAAUCGGAUACGUGAGGGACAAUGCUCUUGAUGAAUCUCAAUCCAUAUAAAUAGUCCAACUUUGUGCUUCGUGCGAAAUUCUGGAAGUUUAUUGGCUGAUUGGGCUGUGUUUGUUGCGUCAAGGCCACGAUUUUUUAUGCAUUGGUGUUCGUUUUGAAUAUUCUGCAGAAUUGUUUUAACUAUACAUUAAAUUUUACUUGAAUGUGUUACCUUUAUUUUGAAAGCAGAUUUCAAUGUUUUUACGCCAUUAUUUGGACAUAGAAUGUAGUUUGACUUUUUGCUUUUCAGUCACUGACUUAGUUUUUUUUUUACUAUAAUUCGUUUUAGCGAUUCAGAACCCCCAGCAGAGAGGUCUGCCAUUCAGAGAUCCCUUUUUCGUGAUUUCCUUGCAAAGAAGCCGCAAAGCGUCUUCAUGUGGGUUAAUUUGCCGUUAGAGCAAUCGCAUCAGUCUCCAACCUUUCAAUAAGAUAGUUUUGUUACUGAUUUAUUUAUUCAGUUUUUGUUCGUUUGCAGUUUGUUUUUUCAUGUUUUAAUGUCGUGAUAUUAUCAUUCUCUACAACAGGACUUGGUACUCAUUCUGUACCGGAUAUUGAAAUACUGGUAAGUUAAUACCUAUAAAGGGUGAAGAGAUCCCUGACACCAUACCAGAAUGAGCACGAUUCAGUAUAGGAGGGCGCAGAAAAGGGCAAAAUACCACGCUGACCCGAAAAUUGCCAUGAGAAUCUUGUUCCAUUACCCACCUACCUUUCCUUUCAUAAAAUCCUAAGGUCGUAAAAGCUUUUCAAGAAUCUUUUCCCACCAAAAUGAAGCCUACUAAAUGCCCAGGAAAAGAAAAAAAUAAGACAAGAAAAGUGAAGGAAGAGGGAAGGAGAGAAUUUAAAUUAAAUUUUGCCUUCUGCGCAUGCCCGAACUUCAGAAGCAAAUAUUUUGCAUCUCGAUCAGAAGGCCGCGAAGUGCGCGCCGUGCAAACGGUUUUGUGGUAAGUUUUCGCUGUUUAUAGCCAGGCAGUGACCAGAAAACGGCUCGACUAGCUUCAAAACGCGAUUCUCGGCGAAAUUCCCAUGGGCGAAUGGGUUAAAAUUUGUCUCUAUUACUGUUUUGUUCUUUUGUUAUUUUCAGAGUGAGGAUAUGCAUGACACGAUGCCUAUAUCCUCAUUUCUUCAAAAGGAAAGACCACGCACUGCUGCAUUCUCGCCUGCUUACACCCCACCAAGGUACUCUAAAAGCGGCAAACUGCCAACCCACCCCCUCCCCUAAAUCAACGUUAACACUAAAAUCUCACCUAGGGCAGAAUGGUAGGUUAGGGAAGGGGUGGGUGGACACUUCCCCAGACUCUUAUCCUGAACCUCACAUCCUAUGUCAACAAAUGACAACACAAGUCCAAAACGUUUCCCAGUUAAAGGUUUUUUGUUUUUCGGCCUAACCAGAGAACGUUUUGAAUCUUCACUUGGCUUAUCCUGGUUGAAUGAUGAACAGUAAACAGUCAUCAUCUUAAAUGUUGGGUUUUUGUAUUCUUCAUAAAGAGGUAUCCAAAUGUUGUCUAGAAUAAUAGCUGAUCGCAAACACGUGCUCUUGAUCCAUUAUAUCUUUGAAACGGGAUAUGUGUAUACGUCUAUUCGAGGAGGCAAUGUUUAGUAAAUUCUCUGACAAGCGAGCAGUUUUUGCUGUUUAAGUCACUAAUUAAGACCUUCUGAUCGGAUCUUUUUUUUCGUUUCUGCGAUGGUAUAAACGAAUAAUUUUAUGCUUCGGUCCAUGUUUUACCUCAGGAAGCAAGCGACUCUUCAACUCUCAAAUUUCCUCAGUGGUUGAAGAGCAUUUUUUUUUUCCUCGGUCUUCUCCUCUCCCCUUGAUUAGCUUAAGCUAACUGCUGGUUUUGAGAAAUAUUUCUUUUUUUGUCUUUUCAGUUUACUUUAAUUUGUUACUUGUACAGUUUUUUCAUGUGCAAUUAAGUUGUUGUUGUUGAAGAGGGUGCAAUCGCUUGGGCGAAAAAAAUACGCUUCUAUCCUUUCCAGUCUCUGUUCUUUAUUUCACCGCUGAUACAGUCCCAUCUUCUGUGAUUUUAGUCUCUCUGAAGGUUCACUUAAUUAUGGUUCUCAUUACCAGUAAAAUCUUCAAGUUGCAAUGCUAUCGUCAACUUUCAUUUUGAAUUUUCCAGUGUCAUUUUAUAGUACAAUAACGGAACGAUUUUUGUGCGCUGAUUGGUUGAGAUCUAUGAUUGUUGAGAGUUUUGACCAUGAAAACGAUGGAUUAAUGUCGCAAUUUGUUGUUCUUUUUCUCUCGCGCGAUUUCCAAGACACUUUACUGGAAAUAAGCGUCAAAAAUUUUCUGUUAUUUUAAAAAACAAAUGACAACAAUUUUCCUAUCGACCAUAAAAAAAUGACGUCAAAAUGUUGAGAACUUUGCAGUGACUGACAAACGCCACUCGUCUGCGGCUUGUUGUCCCAUUUGAGUUUUAAACAUUUUGAUGUCAUUUCUAUGGUCGACAAGACUAUAGACCAUGGAAAAUGGUUAGUAUUACUUUCUCGGGCGUUUUUACACACGAAAUAGUUUGACGUGAACUGUGGGACUCGCUGUUGUUGAUGAAAAAUUCUCAAGCUCAUUAAUUAUUCAUGCAGCAAAAAACCAAUAAAUGACGACCAUUUGGGUCAGGUGGAUGAAUCUUGAUAUCUUAGGAAACGCCAGAUAAACACCACCAAGUUUCAGCCAUCUGAGGUCAAACACUUGCAUUUAAAUGAGAUGUAUUGAUUAACAUAACUCAUGGAAACAAUGCAAUACCAGAGAAAAAAUGUCACUGCUUCGUGCUUCAUCAUCGGUUCGUAACACCUCGAAAGAGCCAGCCUUGUGCUUUUAUCUGUUUUCUGUGUUUGCAGCCCGUCAUGAAGCACUCACCCUCGUUUUUGACACAUUACUUAUUGCUUUCUCAGGCUCCUGCCCGCUGGUGGUGAUUUGAACAGUCCAAAUAUGGUAAGUUCAUGUCGUUUUAUUAUCUCAUGGCGUUAGACGUCUUUUCAGUAAUAUCUUCCACGCUCACACAGCCAUGCUAGUUUCAUCGAUUUGUUAAAAUUCGUUAGUGCUGUAUGACCAAGACACUGCAGAUGAUUUUAAAUGAGGCUUAAUGGUAAUCAGUGAAGGUUAACUAUCCAGCCGUUCCUAGUCGGCGGUUUUAUCAGUUCAUUCUGUGGAGCGGGGGAGGCAGGGGAUUCUAGAAGUACCUACCUGGGCUUUUGCGUGUCCAUCUGUUCCUGUAUUGAGCCAUUACGUUUUCCUCCCUCCCUCCCACCUUUUUGUAUAGACCACAGGUGGUCUAUGUCUAGGGUGAAACCGAAACUUCCUUCCUGCCCAGGGGAUUUGCUGUAUCCUGCUAUUUUGCGACCUGUAUGGCAAUCCAUUAUCUCAAUAAGCUUCUAGUUCAUCACGUCAGUAACCAUCUGUUUUAUUUGAAAGGUCCAUGACCCCCUCAUAGGAGCGUCACCAGGAAGGUGAGAAAAACACCUAUAUUUAAAACCAUAGUAGAGAGGACUUGUUAUGAAAGAGGGCAAACAUCGAAGAUAAAAACAACAGUGCUUCACUUUAUGUUGGAAGCUCCCUGACGGUGCACAAUCCUUUGUUCUUUGUUCACAAAUUGUGACGUAAUAAAUCAGUGCGACGUUUUUGUUGAUCAGUAAGAUCAAAAUGAUAGGAACGCUAUAGUACGUUGUGCACCGUCAAGUUCAACAAAAACAUAUAUUAAGGGAGUCUGACGGGCUUCAUAAUCAUUCCAUUCUAUUAGCUAUGGUAUAACUUAGUUUUAACUCCAUAAUUCAGUGUUUAACCUGCCCCUUCUCGGAGAAGUCGAUCACCACACCUCUCGGGUUGUAUGAUGCCAGUCAUCGUAAAGGAGGACGUUGUUGCUUGUCAUCGGGAAAUGUCUUAAGCCCCUCGGUUGCCCCAGAAAUUAAAAACUAUAGAGGCCCGUUUAUAUGGAGAAAGCAGCUGCCCCGGAAAGAGGAUCACCCUCUUAGCUGAGUCGUCGUUAGUGAGCGUUUAUAUCAGAAAACCGUUAAUCCUUUUGCCCCGAGCCAAGAUCUCUCGCGCAUGCUCUGAUUGUCUCGCUUUGACCGAGUUGACCUGGCUGGGCAUGCCAAAGUGUUUACGUGGAGAAAAACGAGGGUGACUCUAUGACUCUAUCAUCGAAAAAGGCGGUCAUCCCUCUAGCCCAGCCAACUUUUUGUUUCUCAUGUGAACGGUUCUCCACGUUUUGUAAGGAAAUGUAGGAAUAGUAGGCUGGCGAGGAUAACUUGGGUAGGCGAGUGACCCUUAUGCGCGGACAAAUUAGGGGGCUCAAAUAGAAUUCAUUUUGCAGCUAUGAAAUGAACAAUUUUGUUGGACUCACGUUGUGGAGUUUAAACAGCGGUCUUUGGAAAGACCAAACACCCCACAUCUUAAUCCCAUCCCGUUCACCCAGCACUUGUCCUAACUCUGGUCUAACAUAGAUCGAUGGUUCUAACAAUGGUUCUUGUUGGUUUAACAGGUUGCGACUUCAAGAUGCCAUCUCCCAGCAGGGACAAGGUACUCGUCGAAUCACCCAUGUUGUCUUUGUCUGUGGCGUGAAAUAUGAACUGUCAUCAUCAACAAUAUCACCUUCAUGUUGUCAAUUUUUUUCAAAAAAAAACUUCACCUCUUAUUUGUUGUUAAGGUUACAUUGUUUAUUUGCUUUUAUCUUUUAAGGUGGCACUCUGGGCGGAUUCCCUAUCAGAUUUCUGAUUCUUGUGGUAAGUGGAGCAUAAAUCGACGGUUAUUAUCAAAUAAUAAUUGUAAAUGUUUACCGUUUAGGAUGUUUUCGACGGGGUAAAACUUAACUCUAGUCAUCCCUGUUUCCUCUGCCAUGGCGGGAGUAGUGAACUGGACAGGAUAAUUGUCAAUGGCCAUGGCGUUAAUCUUGAUCGCGAUCACGACACAGCACUCUUACUCCCCACGCUCCACGCGCGCGCGAGCGGAGCCUCACACCUAAGAAAAUUUAGUAAUCUAUCCAUCCGGUAAUCACGUGACCGUACGCCUGUCCGUCCGCACCUCAGGGAAACCAAUGUGAAAUGUCAAACUUCCUAGCCAGUGUGGAAGCCUGUAGCCUGAGGUCUUUCAUCUUUUUUGUUAUAGUGGCUUAAACAUUUAGCCAGUUAAUAAAAUUAUGUUGAUUGAAUACACCGUGGGUUUCUUGGUUAAGAGUAUUCAGUAAUAACUCAAGAGUUUCGGUAUUAAUCUUUUUUUUUCAGACAAGGUUAUCUAAGAUCCUGUUGGUUAAAAAGGAAUGCAUAGAAAAACUGAGAGACAUGAACACACAAGCAGAGAAAAUGGUAUUACAGUCAGUUUUUUUCAUUGUGUAUUACUUCUACUCAUCACCGGCACGUAUUCUCAGCGAGACACACCUAUAGAGGAAAGUCUGUCAAGUCGUAGAAUCAUCGCGCAGAAUGUCUAUUGUUCUCGGAACAUUUACUUCCAGUUCAACAAAGUUCGCAGUGGAUUUGGAAUUCUGGCGCUAACGAAGUCGCGCGAAUGAGUUUUAUCAACGCUGGUGGGCCAAAAGAGGCCCUUUCUUCUCUUAUUCGGAGCUUAUUGAAAGCGCUCGUGCGUUCGAAUUUGCCGCUUCGGCGGUCAUGAAUAGCUAAUGAUGUCCACUCAUUCUUCGCGAUGUUUAGAUUUUCGCGACGCUGUACAGCCCUGGAAGUUCUAGUUUAAGUGUGGAUCGUGGAACUUUGGUAUUAAGUUACAAAAUCACCAGGAAUUGCCAAAAUGUUUGUUGAACCGGGUCACAGGCUAGGGCAACUGAAGCAUAACGUUUUUAAACCUUCUUAAGAUGUCAGUUGAAUAAACAAACCGCUGAUUUUGUGUUGUGUUGGCUCCGGACUGGACACGAAGAUGUCAUUUUGUCAAGUCUGCUGAACUUGUAACUCUGCUUCUUCUUACUUUAUGGCAGUGAGCCUGUAGUCUGUAAAGGAGGCUUUUUUUCCCUUAAGGGACUGGUCAAAAAGUAUAGGGGGGGGGGGGGGGGGAGUGGGCCGGAGCAUUUGGAAAUGUGGUUGAUAAAAAACUUAUGACCCACCCCCUCCCUUCGGCACAAAAAUGACUGACCCACCCCUAAAGCAAGGUUGGAAAUUGCAUGACCCACCCCCUAGUUAAAACAUGGAUGUUUGGUUUCCUCUAAGGCCAUCCCCUUUUUUUUCUUCGUUUACCGUCGAACGCGUUUCCUGAUAUUGGGUCGGUCGGUCGGAUUGAAAAAAAAAAACUUUAAAAAAAAUCACAAGAAGUCUCGGAAUAGUAGGCCUUGGUACCCCAGGACGACGUUAAAAGUUAACAUUCACAUAUUUGGAUUAACAAAAUGUACAAUAUACUGUGAAAAAUGUUCAUGUUUUUGUUCCUGUUUUUCUCUAUGCUGUUACUUUGCUCAUUUUUCAGAUUAAAAGAAUUAUUUCAAGUGAAAAAUGGUGUAACUACGUCGUUACUUUUUUUGUUUUGAAAAUGCCAAAUAUUUGGGUCGGUGGGAUGACGGUAAACGGAGAAAGAAAAAGAGGAUGGCCUAACCUUGUUCUGUGCUUGACAAAAUUUGUUGAUACACUGCUACAACCAAUAUCAAAAUCACAGAAAUCAUACCUUUCACUGAAAAGACAAAUGUGAAAAACCGAACAUUUCUUGUUUCGAUGGACGUUAUGAGUCUUGACACAAAUAUACAGAAAAACGAGGGUAUAUUGAAAUUGUCUGUCACAAAGCAUAUGAAAAUUUCUACAAAGACAACCCAUUCCUACAAAGAAAAUUUCUUCCACUUCAAUGGAAAGCACUACCUACAAAACCAUGGAACUGCAAUGGGCACAAAGACAGCAGUUUUGAUUCCUUUACAACAACUUUAAGCAAAACUGUCUUUCGAACAACAGUUUGGAAAUGCUACAUACACGAUAUCUUUUCCCUAUGGGACAUGAGUAAACCAGACAUCGAAGCCUUCAUUGAACAAGAAAACUUACAUCACCCAACUAUUAAAUUCACGGCCGAAACAUUUGACACUGAAAUGCAGCGUUUUUAGACACGGUUGUAUAUAAAGGCACAAGAUUCAAGAAAAUAUCUAUCCUUGAUGCAGAGACACAUUUUAAACAAACGGAAACCUUCUUGCACACACAUUUCACCUCGUGUCACCCUCCAAGUGUUAAAAAAGGAUUUGUCAAAGGAGAAGCCUUGAGAAUCCUACGAAAAAACUCCUCAGAAACAACCUUUGAGGAAAAAUUUAAAACAGAAAACGCUUGAUGGACAGAGGCUACCCACAAACUUUGAUAGAAGACCUACUAUCAAAAAUAAAAUUCACAAAAAUGAGUCUAAACUCCUAAAACAAAACAUACAAGGAGGAAAAAGAAAUAUUGCCAUUUGUGACACAAUACCAACUCUCGAUGUCUACUAUAAAGGAAGCUUGAAUAAUAAAAAUGGAAUCUUAUACAAAACCAACCAUACCUUCAAUAAAUUUUUAAGGAACCACCAAUCAUUUCCUUACAAAAAAGGAAAAUCAUUAAAGGACAUGCUCGUUAGAGCCAAAAAAAAAAAGUUACGCCCGUAUAGAUGCAUGUGCGGCCUGUCACCCGUUGCAUUUUCUCGCACAACAGGUUUGUGAGUAUUUUAGCAAUAAUUCCAGCUGGCUGUGUUUUAUAUAACAAGUGUGGUCAACUGUCUCGUUAGUAGUUAGUGCCUAUCUAGGUAAUAAAAUAGGGUGACCCACCCCCUAAGUGUAGCUGAAAAUUGCACGACCCACCCCUUCGACAAGGCUCAAAACCUCAUGACCCACCCCCUCUCUGCUCCGGCCCACCCCCGCCUAUACUUUUUGACCAGUCCUUAACCCGAGCUUGUUACAUUGAUCGCAGUCGCCGAAAUCAUUUUUUGACUCGCCCGAACUCUUGGUCAGUUUUAACUUCCAAGAUGGCGGGAGACUAUGAUUCUCAAGAAUAUUAUUAUCGCUCGCACUGCAAAAUACGCCUUCUUUUCAAGCCAGCGUGCUUGUCAUAUAGUGCAUUUUACGUGACUCAAAACACUUUUCGUAUAGAAAUCAUAUCAAGAGCCAAUUGAUAAGGAAUUCCAAAGACGAUACGCAUCUGUGGUGUUGGAGUUAGAACGGCUUAAUAAGGUAUGUGAUUUGUGUGUGCAAAUUGUCACUGCAAUACUAAGGUGAUUGAGUGAACGUUUAACUUGCCUUGGUAUUUGUUGAUAAGUUAAUAACGACAGUUGAUGUCUCAACUCUACGGUUACUUUGAUCUCUUAAGUGUUAGUAGUCCCCUAUUUCACACAGUUUCAAGGCAAUGCUUUAAGUUAGCCAAUCUGUACCUCAGCGUGGUUUUUGAUUGAAUUAUCUAAAGGAGUUUGCCUGUGCUUGUUUUUAUAUUCGUUACAGGAUCUCAAUGAAUACUUAACAGGAGUCCAGGAAUAUUGCCAAGAGGUAUGUACAUUUUACACAAUUUCUAUCACGCAUUUUACACUUUUUACGUUGUAUUUAUUUUAUUUUUUUUAUAAUACUCUUCUUGGAUACCUGCUUCCUUUUAUUUCUUCAACGCACAUUUGCUGAUGCGUUCCUGCAACUUAAUAGUAGUUUUCAUCUCUCAAACUGACUUUGACGUUCACUUUCAAUUACUUUAGAGAAAUAGAAAGACAAAAAUCAAGGAGAGCAAACCUCACACUCGACUAAUUCCAGUUACUCGGGCUAACUUCUGGAAGCUUAAUAAAUUUAUUAUUAGCGGAGCUCUCUCGCGCGCAAAGCGCGCGAAGCAGAGCACCAUGGGUUAGAAAAUUUGGUUAUCUAUGCAUCCGAGAAAUUUUGGUAGUGACUUGUAGUCACGUGACCCUACAUCUGUCCAUCCGCACCACAGGCAUACCAAUGUAAAAUUACUCAAUCAACAGGUAUGGCGACCCAAAUGCAACUUGAGAUUUUUUGGAGGGAAAUUGCAUGGCUAACCGCGUCUUGUGAGGCAGAGGCAAUUAAAGAGUCAAUAAAGACAAAAAGAAAAGCGGAAAUUGUUUUUAUGUUCGUGUUGUCUAAAGUAUUAAGCUUACGUUAGUUGUCAUGUCCACAAAUUUGGAAUAUUGAGAAAGAUAAAGACAGAUAAAACGAGAAAGCAGGCGACAGGCUAGCGUUGCUCAACGACAAAAAGAGCGACAGAGAGCUAGAGCGGAAAUAAAAAUCGAAGAAGACGAAUUUCUUUGUAACAACAGCAUGAAAAUUUUUCUACCGGUGGUGAGAAAAUGAGAAAUGAUAGCCAGUAGUGGCCAGCAAUUUAAAAAUGAGCGGCAGAGGAAAAAAAAGCGAACAGGAAAACAAGAAACAACGGUAAAUAAAUGUACAAAAAAGUGUGCUGCACGUGCAAAGUUGUUGUUGUUUGUUUUUUUUUUAUUUUUUGCCGUUGUCGUUGCCGACGCCGUUGAGCAUUACACGGUUAUAUUUUUCGUCUGAGUAAAUUAUAAGUAUAUUAACGAGAGCUUCGCCUUUAGCCCUGGCUAUUGAAGUCUAUAUAUUAGCCUCAUCACCUCUCCCUCCCUGCUUAGCCGGAGCUCUAUUUUGUAAGGCUUGUUUACUUGGAGGUGGGGGACCCCAGGUAGGUGAGAUAACACGCUUCUGUGGGGUAACCCGCCUGUCCAUAUAAUCUCUCAUUUUGAUUUGAUCACCUUUACAUGUUAGGUGGGGUGACCCGCCACAUAUUACCUCACCUACCUGGGGUCCCGCAGCUCCAUGUAAACAGGCCCUUAGUUCUGUUAGUUGAGUAAUCGACAACAAGGAACACGCACUUCUUUACGUAAACCCCACAAGGUGCCCAGCCUUAGUUUAUGAAUUGGAAACUGGGAACUGAAUAAAACAGAAGAGAACGGAAACGAAAAGAAUCACCUAUUUAAAAUCAUUUUGUGCAUUUUUGUUUUAGCUUGCCCCAGAUCAGGGAGUUCAGUCCAUGGAUCAGACCACUGGCGUUAGAAAGAGAUGUGACGAAGAAGCGGCGCGAGUCGUGGAGUUGAAUAACGUGGGCUUGUAAGUAGUAAAUUACUUAUGUAGAUAUCAUGAAAAAUGCUCACCCACUUGGGUGUCUCCCUUGCAUCAUUUGUGACCUCUUCCAACGUCUCCGUCUAACAUAGCAACGGUGGAAGCAACGCCAACCGAACGCACAGAACGAGAAAAUCAAUUAAACCAAACAAAACGGAGACCAGAUACGUGUAGCACGUGUAAAACCAAAGCGAUUAUCAAAGCGUUUUCGACACGUCUUUGUGAAACGCACCACAAGUUGGCGAUGGACGGAUCAUUGGAAAAGUGAUUGGGGGGAAGGGGAGAGGGGUGGAGGAAAAAAAAUUAAUGCAAACCAAAUUGCCUGAAAAAAAAAUAUGCAAACCAAAAGUGACCAAAAAAAAUAUACUUGCAGAAGGAGAGUAAACCUUCAAGGUAUAAGAACAAGUAAUAAUAAAGCCAGACUCCGUCUGCUGAACGUAGAGAGAAACUAUGACAGAAUGUGUGGUACAGUAGACCCCGCAACUAAGAACUUGAAUUUUAAGAACCUGUUAGGCUAAAAUUUGCCAGUUAAGCCCCCUCUAUAUAAGAACCUCAUUAGCCUAAAAUUUAAAACAGGUUCUUAUUUUCUAAAAUCUAUGAAAAAAAUGCCUUACACUUGGGAAACAAGAUAAGUCAACAUUCAGUAUCAUCUUUGGAGACAUAGGUGCCUUAUCACUCCAACUGCCAGAUAAUGGUAUGCAGAUUUUAUAUGAGGAAUAAGCUGAACCACUAAAUACUCUUAGCUAUAUUGAGUUUUUUCGUCAGAAAAUAAGAACUUAUUUAAGAGCCUAAAGGGGCUAAUCUUCUGCAAACUACAAUUGAUAUAAGAACCUGUUUAGGCUAACUUGGAAAAAUCCGGAUUCUUAGUCGCGGGGUUUUACUGUAAUGUGCCUUAACCCACAGGCUCCUCCUCCACCCACACCUUCAACAUUCUUGGAUCAACAACGAUCAAUCCAUGUCAACCAUCAGGUGUGAAAUGAGUUGAUAUGAGUUCAGUCACUCUCAAAGUCCAAUGAAUUACAUGAAUAAUGUCCGAAGUGACUACAUAGUGAGGCAAAUAUACAUAAUAUUUAAUAUGCUUUAUUUUGUACGUUAAUUCUAUAAACAUUAUACCGAGUCAAAUUUUAUUUUCUUUAUGAUGGGCUGUGCGAGAGGGAUAACAGAGGCCAGGGAUUAAAAAUUUGUAGAGGGAAGCCUUCCACACCUAAUGGAUUCUUCCUCUCCCUAGUCGUACACAUCGAGAAAAAACCUGUUGAAUUAUAGUUGUUGUGUAGUGUAUCUUUUCAUCUGUGGUAAUUGUAAAGCGCAAAUGCAAGAACAGAGAGUAACGAUUUUACAGUUUGUCUCCACCAAAAAAAUUCCUGCGGAGGGCAUUACUCGGAAAAAAAUUCCUGCAUCAACAAUGACCGGAAAAAAAUUCCUGCAAACUGAAAAUCCCCCUCCCCUCCCAUUAUGACUUUUGUAAUGGUUUCUCCCUAACGAUAUUUCUUAUUUGUUGUCUUUUCCAGAGGUGCUACAACAAGCCAGCCAUUGAUUCGAAUUGUCUCAAGUCUGACAUCUCUUAUGCUUCAAAUUAAGGUAUGCUUAGGUUAAAAUUACAGAAUUAGAAUCCUGAUUUCUCGAACCCUCGGUUUUUCGAAAUUCCUGAUAAUUCGAACUAAACCUAGCCUGCAUCGCAGAGGCAAUUUAGCCCCGAUUAGUGACGUCUGCGAAGCACCGAGGUCCUUGUUCUGAGCCUCCAACGGAUUCAACUAAUACCGGAAUUUCCUUUCAACCUGAUUGGCAAGUCGACAAUGGCUUUUUUAACAGGCCAAUCAUAGCGUGUGCUCAAAUCCUGGCACAUAGGUGGGACCCAGAACAAGAAUUUCGGCACUGUUUCGCAGACGGACUUAACCAGAGUUAAGUUUGGUCUGUGACGCAGGCUAAACCAGACUUAACUUUCUUUCACAAGUCAAAUACUGUGAUUUUUCCUCCGGUUUUCAAACCUCCCAAUAACUCGAAACAAGUUUGCUUUUCCCGAGAUGGUUCGAAAACUCGGGUUUCCACCGUAUUACAUUUUAUCUUGCUCCUGCCCGGUUUACAGUUAACUAACGCCUAACAGUUGUGGUUUGUGUUCAGUCAUUAGCUGAAAAUGACCUCAACACUUUUGAGUUUAAAUCACUGUCCGAUGCUGUGGAUGAAAUCAAGAAAACUAUUGACCCUUCAAACAUCAGGUGAGUUGCGGAUCUUAUGAAACUAGGGACAUUACGAAACUCCGACGGCGACGGCAACGGCAACGUCAAAAUGCAAUAGGUUUAGUUACCAAAACAACAACUCUUCACGUGCAUCACGCUUUCUUGUACAUUUCUCUGCCGUCCCUGCGCGACUGCGACGUGAAAUGACCAAAUUUUAAGUUUUUCUUUUUGAGGACGGGAAUGGCAAUGCAAUAAAUUCUACCAUCUUUGUCUGAACUCGGGCACGGCCCUCUCUUUUCAGCUCCAACAUAAAUUCCCUUCCUUUAAGUAACUGGGCGACUUGGGAUAAUCUUGAAAUGUCUUGAAAGGAUGCGGAGUCUAUUUUUCAGCGACGUUUUCAUGGACGUCGCCGUUGUCGGAUCGUAAGGUCCCUACUAUGUAUAGGCGCCGCUUAUAUGGGCCAGGUUCCUGAAAGGUCGAUUAGCGUUAUUCCAGGAUUUGACUUCAAUCCACCAUUGUAUUGACCUGUCUGUAUAUUGUUUCAAAGUGCAAUCAUUUUGGCGGCGGCUUGCUUUUGGUUGAGAGAUAAUCCUCAGAAUUAACCGUUGGCCUUCAAGUUUUGCUUUUUAGUUAGCUGUGUACUUUCUUUCGUCGUAGCCAACGGACGAGACAAAUCCACAGUCCUUUCAAGGACCUUUUUCUAUGAGAAAGCAGAAAACAGUUCUGGCGGGUGCUCAGUUUUAGACGAUUGUGCUAGCAAGAGGAAUUUUACUACGAAGUGAUACUCAACAUUCGUUGUUAUUCUUAGUAACUCAUUUGGUUUAUGUUGCUAAUAUGGGGUUUAUAUUUUUUCUUUCAGCUGCUUUCAGAACAACGUAGAAAUCCAUGUUGCUCACAUUCAGUCUGGAUUGAGUCAGAUGGGUAAUCUGCACGCUUUUUCGUCGGCUGGCUCUUCAUAGCAAAUCGACCACGUCAUUAUAUAAUAUGGACAGGAAAUGUAGUUUAUUUUCUCUGUAUUAACCAUGUAAACUAAGGGUUCAUUCGAUUCAAUGAAAAACUCCGGUUUAGAAUCCAGAAAAUGUCAUCAAGCGAGUGAAAGGUUUCUUCUUCCUCCUCUGAUAUUUCCGCAAAUACAAACAUCCUCGAGAGGUGGUUAUACUCAAAGUUUCGAAAUUUUCUCG